UCUCCAAAAUGGCUUUCGUCGCUGUCGUCGCCGCCCUGGCCGUCCUCAACCUCGCCGCCGCCAACCCGGUGCCCGUCUACUCCAAGGUGUCCUGCCCGAAGCCGCCCCUACCGGAGAUAAAACCCGUCGUCAUCAAGUCCGUGCUUCCCUCCCCCGCUAUCAUCGGACCCCAGAAACCUGGAGUGAUCGAACACGAAUCCGUCCCCUACGAGAUCAACUACUUCGGCAAGCCCUACAUCAUCAAGCACAAGCAGUCCGCCGCCCUCAACGUCUACUCCCAGAAACCGGUUGUUGUCGACGAGUACGCCGCCCCCGCUUUCUACGAAAAGGAAGCCCCUGCUGCAGUCAUCGUUGAAGAGGUCUGCCCCCCUGCACCUUGCGCCGAGCCCGUUUACCCACCACCAUGCUACUAAGCUCAGGUAUACCUGAAUGGGUAACAGCGCCCCGACGAAUGGUUUAUGGUUUCUGUUCAUUGACGGGAAAAUUAAUAAAUCAGUAGUCCCAAGAAAA